UAUUAGUUGGGAGGUAUAAAGCAUGGUGAUGGGUUGAAAAGGCCCGAAAAUAUCCGCCUCUUUCAGGAGUUAUAUAAGCCCCACAGGUCUUUCGAUUCAAGCUUCUUCUCCGUCUCUGAAUUUGUCAUACGUAUGCGCUUAAUACAGUUUAAUUGUUACAAGUUUUGAACCUCUAAAUCUCAUUGGGAAUUGGAUUUGAAUUGGGAAAAGAAAGGGUUUAUGAUUUUGAUUGCUGAUUCCACCCCAAGGCUAGUUCUUUAAUCAAUUUAUCAAUAAUCUCAGGUAAGGGGGCUUGUUUGUUUUAUCGUUUUUGAUUCCCGGAAGGAGCUUGAAAUUGAUUCUUUUAGCCAAUUGGAACUUUGUGAAGUGGGGAAGAGGGGUUUGUAUCUCUUUAGGGGGUUUAGGGUUUUUAAAGAGAUAUGGAUGAUCUGGAAAAGGCAAUUUUGAUAGUGUUUGAUGAAUCGGGCGCGGUUAAUUCGGGUCUAAAAGAACAAGCUGCUGCUUAUAUUCAUCAAAUUAAAGAGAAUCCAUCGAUCCAUAGCGUGUGUGUGGAGAAAUUGCGUUUUUCGAAGCUAGUUCAGGUGAAGUUUUGGUGUUUGCAGUGCCUCCAUGAAGCGCUUCGUUUGAAGUAUUCGUCAAUGGCAAUGCAGGAGAAAUCUUUUAUUAGGGAGUCUCUGAUCUCUGUGGCGUGUUCUAAAUCUGCGGGUGAUAAUGGCAGUGAUUUGGUGAGCGUAUUGGAAGGCCCUGCGUUUCUUAAGAACAAGCUUGCUCAGGUUAUAGUAACUUUGAUUUAUUUCGAAUAUCCGAUGGUAUGGCCUUCUGUGUUUGUCGAUUUCUUGCCAAAUUUAAGCAAUGGAGCUGGUGUCAUCGAUAUGUUUUGUCGAAUAUUGAAUGUGAUGGAUGAUGAGUUGAUUAGCAUGGAUUAUCCGCGAAGCGGGGAUGAUGUGGCUGUGUCGGGCAGGAUUAAGGAUGCGAUGAGGGUGCAAUGUGUGCCUCAGAUAGUUGCGACGUGGUAUGAUAUAGUUUCAGUUUAUCGGAAUUCAAACCACGAGCUUUGUGUAUGUGUUUUGGAUUCUAUGAGGAGGUUUGUUUCAUGGAUUGACAUUGGCUUGAUUGCCAAUGAUGCAUUUGUUCGAUUGUUGUUUGAGCUGAUCUUGACAGAUGGACUUCUGGAUCAGCUUCGGGCAGCUGCAGUUGGGGUUAUUCUUGCCGUGGUUGCGAAGAGGAUGAUGGAUUUUAAAUCGAAGCUUUCUCUAUUACAAAGCCUGCAGAUGGGAAGAAUUUUUAGUUUAGUUACUGGGGAUAGCGACUCGGAGUUGACUUGUAGUGUCGCUUCUUUGGUCGCGGGGUAUGCAACGGAAGUUUUGGAAUGUUCGAAGAGAUUGAAUGCAGAAAACGGUAAAGAACUGUCGUUAGAGCUUCUGAAUGAGGUCAUGCCGUCGGUUUUUUAUGUCAUGCAGCAUUGCGAAGCUGAAUUGGUGCCCAGCAUUGUGCAGUUUCUGUCGGCUUAUGUGGGAACGAUGAAGAGCGCUUCCUCGUUGUCCGAGAGUCAUGUUUUUCAUCUCGGAAAAAUAUUAGAAAUAAUCCACGCACUCGUUCAGUUUGAUCCUGCUUAUCGCAACAAUCUUGAUGUGCUGGACAAGGUAGGUAGGGAGGAACAAGACAGGAUGAUGGAGUUUCGUAAGGAUUUUUUUGUUCUCCUCCGGAGUAUCAGCCGUGUUGCGCCGGAUCUGACUCGAUUAUUUAUUAGAAACUCGUUGGGCAGCGCUAUUACAUCCUCGGGAGAUAGAAAUAUAGAGGAGGUUGAAGCUUCUCUUUCCUUACUUUUUGCUUAUGGAGAAUCAUUGACUGAUGAGGCGAUAAGGACCGGUGGUGGUCUGCUCGGAGAGUUAAUCCCGUUGCUCUUGACAACAAGAUUUACGUGCCAUUCAAACAGACUCGUUGCAUUUGUGUAUUUGGAUACGGUAUCGCGAUACAUGAGGUUUGUAUCAGAGAAUGUGCAGUAUAUUCCAAUGGCAUUGGGUGUUUUUCUCGAUGAAAGAGGUAUACAUCACUCGAAUGUCAAUGUGAGCCUGAGAGCAAGUUAUUUAUUCACUCGGUUUGUGAAAUUGCUCAAAGCGCAGCUCGUGCCUUACAUUGAGACAAUCUUGCAGAGCCUACAAGAUAAGGUUGCCCAAUUUACUAGAAUCAAUGUUGCUUCGAAGGACCUUUUGGGAUCGGAAGAUGGCAGCCACAUUUUUGAGGCUAUUGGCCUUUUAAUUGGGAUGGAAGAUGUGCCGUUUGAGAAACAAUCUGAUUAUCUUUCUGGACUGCUUACUCCAUUAUGUCAGCAGGUGGAGAUGGCUCUUUUAAAUGCCAAAUCUCAUAAUUUUGAAGAGUCUCAAGAGCAGAUUGAAAUCAUCCAACGCAUAAUUAUGGCCAUUAAUGCUCUUAGCAAGGGAUUCAGCGAACGACUUGUAACAGCUAGUCGCCCUGGAAUUGGCCUUAUGUUUAAAAAGACGUUGGAUAUUCUCCUGCAAAUACUUGUUGUCUUCCCGAAGAUAGAGCCCCUACGGUCUAAGAUCAUAUCUUACAUUCAUCGCAUGGUUGAUACUUUGGGAGUUUUAAUAUUUCCGUACCUUCCAAAGGCAUUGGGUCAGUUGCUAACAGAAAGUGAGCCCAAGGAGCUCGUGGAUUUUUUUGUGCUGCUUAAUCAGCUCAUCUGCAAAUUUGGUACUGAAGUUCGGGAGUUACUGGAUGAAGUAUACCCGAUCAUCGCUAGUCGGACAUUUAAUAUUCUCCCCAGGAGUGAUACUCUGUCUGGACCAGGCAGCUGCGCAGAGGAAAUUCGUGAACUGCAAGACCUUCAGAAAACAUUCUUUACAUUUUUACAUGUUAUUGCGACACAUGAUCUUUCGGCAGUUUUCCGAUCCCCUAAAAGUAGUGGAUACUUGAAGCUUUUGAUGGACCUAUUAUUAUCCACAUGUUGCAAUCAUAAGGAUAUUCUUGUGAGAAAGGCUUGUGUUCAAAUAUUCAUCAGGCUGAUUAAAGAUUGGUGUACUGCGCCUGACCCGGAAAAGGUGCCUGGUUUCCGUAGCUUUGCAGUUGAAGCGUUUGCAAUUAAUUGCUGCCUAUACAGUGUGCUGGACAAAUCUUUUGAGUUUCGUGACGUAAAUACUAGCGUCUUGUUUGGUGAAAUUGUUACGGCUCAGAAGGUCAUGUAUGACAAAUUUGGGAACGAUUUUCUUGUCAAUUUUGUGUCGAAAGGUCUUCCGAGUGUCCGUUGCCCUCAAGAGCUGGCGCAGCAGUAUUAUGUGAUGCUCCAGGGUAAUGACUUUAAGGCGCUGAAAUCGUUCUACCAGAACCUCAUAGAGAAAUUGAGAACGCAACAAAAUGGCAGCUUGGUGUUCAGAUAACAUAACAAUUGAUCUAUCUGUUUUUGUCGGUCUAAGUCCAAUUCUGCUGUUCUUGUAUAUUGAUUGACAAUUUACAGAUUUCUUUCAUGUGCGUGUAUAGUAAUAUAUAUAUAUAUAUAUGUUCAUCAAUGGUGGUUGGUCGGAGUGAGCGUCGGCAGCAACAACAGGCGAUAAGGCGAGUUUUGUGAACCCAUCAUCCAUUAUUAUUACUACAUGUUUUGUCUGGAUGACGAUGACGAUGAUGAUGAGUGUGUUUGUAAGGAAGGAAGGAAGGAAAGGGCGUAAGUAACAGUUUUGUGUCGAUGAAUGUUUGUUUGUUUGUUUUUUUAGUUAAUUUAUGGAUUAAGACUGCAUUGACUCUGUCUGGAGGGCUUUUUGCUUUUGCUUUUGCCUUUUGAUUAUCAUAGCGAUCCAUUUUGGUAAUUAAUUAGUAAUGCUCAA